GCCCCGCAGCCGGCCAGGCCAAUCCGAAGGCGGGGAAGGGGCGAGCGCGGGACCCUGCGGCCGCGCCGGCUAACUCUGCCCCGCGCAACCCCCACCGCCGGAGCAGCCCCGCUAAAACAACAAUAAAAGCCCCCAAACACACGCACGCACGCACGCACGCACGCACUCUGGACGGCGUUCAAGUCAGCCACGACAGUCUUCUGCAAGUGAGGGCAAGGAAAACCGGAUCUCCGCACCCAGGGGCUGGAUGCUUUUGCACUUGACUUUGACCGCCUUUUCUUCGCGGGCCGAGAAUUGAGGCAGUGCAGAAAUGAUAAAAGUGUGAGACUACUCCCGGAUCGCUUUUUUAAAAAACAAAACAAAAAAACAAAAAAACUAAGCACAAAAAGCGACACCAAAACAACCCCAGAGAAAAGCCACAACUCUACCUGAGACCCGUGAAGUCAGCGGCCCAGGGUUCUGUCCCAGACUCAAGAUCUCUUUAAUUUAAUGCAAUACAGUGCAAUGGAUGAAUUUCACCCAUUCAUCGAGGCACUUCUUCCACAUGUCCGUGCAAUCGCCUAUACUUGGUUCAACCUACAGGCUCGAAAACGCAAGUACUUUAAAAAGCAUGAGAAGCGAAUGUCGAAGGACGAAGAAAGAGCAGUCAAAGAUGAGCUUCUCAGUGAAAAGCCUGAAAUCAAACAGAAGUGGGCAUCCAGGCUCCUGGCCAAACUGCGCAAAGAUAUCCGCCAGGAGUACCGAGAGGACUUUGUGCUCACCGUCACUGGCAAGAAGCACCCGUGCUGUGUCUUAUCCAAUCCCGACCAGAAGGGUAAGAUUAGGAGAAUCGACUGCCUGCGGCAGGCAGACAAAGUCUGGCGUCUGGAUCUAGUCAUGGUGAUCCUGUUCAAAGGCAUCCCCUUGGAAAGUACCGAUGGAGAGCGGCUCAUGAAAUCCCCACAUUGCACAAACCCAGCACUUUGUGUCCAGCCACAUCACAUCACAGUAUCAGUUAAGGAGCUUGAUUUGUUUUUGGCAUACUACGUGCAGGAGCAAGAUUCUGGACAAUCAGGAAGUCCAAGCCACAAUGAUCCUGCCAAGAAUCCUCCAGGGUACCUUGAGGAUAGUUUUGUAAAAUCUGGAGUCUUCAACGUAUCAGAACUUGUGAGGGUAUCCAGAACGCCCAUAACCCAGGGAACUGGAGUCAACUUCCCAAUUGGAGAAAUCCCGAGCCAACCAUAUUACCAUGACAUGAACUCUGGGGUUAAUCUCCAAAGGUCGCUGUCUUCUCCACCAAGCAGCAAAAGACCCAAAACUAUAUCCAUAGAUGAAAAUAUGGAACCAAGUCCUACAGGAGACUUUUACCCCUCUCCAAAUUCACCAGCUGCUGGAAGUCGAACAUGGCAUGAAAGAGAUCAAGAUAUGUCUUCUCCGACUACUAUGAAGAAGCCUGAAAAGCCAUUGUUCAGCUCCACAUCUCCACAGGAUUCUUCCCCAAGACUGAGCACUUUCCCCCAGCACCAUCAUCCCGGAAUACCUGGAGUUGCACACAGUGUCAUCUCAACUCGAACUCCACCUCCACCCUCACCGUUGCCAUUUCCAACACAAGCUAUCCUUCCUCCGGCCCCGUCGAGCUACUUUUCUCAUCCAACAAUCAGAUAUCCUCCCCACCUGAAUCCUCAGGAGACUCUGAAGAACUAUGUACCUUCUUAUGACCCAUCCAGCCCACAAACCAGCCAGCCUAACAGCAGUGGUCAAGUGGUAGGGAAAGUGCCUGGCCAUUUCACUCCUGUCUUGGCACCCUCUCCCCAUCCCAGUGCAGUGCGACCUGUGACCCUGACCAUGACAGAUACUAAACCCAUCACUACAUCCACUGAAGGUGAGGCAGCUUCACCUACAGCAACCACCUACACAGCCUCAGGCACAUCUCAAGCCAAUCGAUAUGUGGGACUAAGCCCAAGAGACCCAUCCUUCCUACAUCAGCAACAGCUGAGGAUUUGUGACUGGACCAUGAAUCAAAACGGCAGGCAUUUAUACCCCAGUACCAGUGAGGAUACAUUGGGAAUUACUUGGCAAAGAAGGCACGUAAUGGAUAAUGGCAGGAGUCACAGUCAUACAUUCAACAGUCCUGGUACCUGGGCUAGCUUGGUUCCUUUCCAAGUGUCAAAUAGGACACCCAUCCUACCGGCAAAUGUCCAAAAUUACGGUUUGAACAUAAUUGGAGAACCUUUCCUUCAAGCAGAAACGAGCAACUGAGGGAAAAUGAAAUUACAACAAUAGUUUCAGAAAUCAAACAAAACAAAACAAAAUAAAUAAAAGGAAAAGAGGAAGACUGGACAACAAAACAAAACAAAGGGAGAAAGGAAAGAAACUGAAGAAAGAAGAUAAUAGACCAGCAAUUGCAGCACUUACAAUCACUAAUUCCCUUAAGGUUGAAACUGUAACGACAUAAAAAGGGUCGAUGCUAUUUCACUGAUGGUAAAUCGCAGAUCGCAGCCCCUGCAACGUAGCCUUUGUUACAUGAAGUCCGCUGGGAAAUAGAUGUUCUGUCUCUAUGACAAUAUAUUUUAACUGACUUUCUAGAUGCCUUAAUAUUUGCAUGAUAAGCUAGUUUUAUUGGUUUAGUAUUCUUGUUGUUUACGCAUGGAAUCACUGUUCCUGGUUAUCUCACCAACAAAGGCUAGGUGGCGGCAUCAGAGGUGCUGGGGGACAGAGCCAUGAGCCAGCCAUUUUAUAAGCACUCUGAUUUCUAAAAGUUAAAAAAAAUAUAUAAAAUCUCUGUAGCCUUUAGUUAUCAGUACAGAUUUAUUAAAUUUUGGCCCUUAACCCAGCCCUUUCCAGUGUGUAACCCAGUUUGAAAUCUUAAAAAAAAAAAAAUGAAAAAAAUGAAAAAAAGAAAAAAGAAAAAAACAGUUUGAACACAAAGGCUCUAUGGAAGAAAUGCCUCUAUGUAGGUGAAGUGUUAUCUCUGCAUGCAACAGUAAAAAUUAAUAUAAUAUUUUCCCCACAAAAGAAACACUUAACAGAGGCAAGUGCAAUUUAUAAAUUUAUAUCUAAAGGGGAAUCAUGAUUAUAAGUCCUUCAGCCCUUGGACUCUAAAUUGAGGGGAUUAAAAAGAAUUUAAAAUAAUUUUGAGCGAAUUUAUUUUCCCCUCAGUUUUUGAGGGCAUUAAAAAGGCAUUAAAUCAAGACAAAUCAUGUGCUUGAGAAAAAAAAUUAAUGAAAACACAGCACUUAUGUUGGUUUAGCUGCAGCCUCUUUGGAGGUAGAAUUUAUUUAUUUAAAAUUACUGGUUGCAUCAAGAACCCAUAGGGUGUACAAAAGGUUCUAUAAAAUCUACAUUCUAGAGACAAAGAGGCAGGCAAAUCCAUGUCACAAGAGUAAAGCUUACAGUUUACAAACUGGGAACGCCAGGGUGUAGGAUACAAAAACGCACUCUUGAGAGAACAAAUGUAAUCAGGGUGCUGCAAACUUGCAUGGUGCUUUCAGACCUUAGCCUUGUUCAACAAAUUAUUGUAUUGACAGAUCCGUAGUGUGCAUGGGCAGACACAUUUUGCCUCUAUGUCUCUUAAAAUUUUAAUUAAAAAUACUCUUUCCAGUAAUCCUAAUUUGCACGAAGAUAUAAUGUCCACAUUACGUGCCUUGCCUUGAAAUCUAAAAAACAAAAAACAAAAAAACAAAAAAAAAAACAAAAAAGUGACAUCACUACACUUGUUUUGCUGCAUUUAUUAUCAUUUUAAAUCUUUACCAUUUUUAUGACAAAAUAUUUUGUACUCCAGACGAAGAAAAAUGUGUGACAUCAUGGAUUUUUUAGACAGUUAUACCUUUAUCUCACAUUUAUAAAGCAUAUCAUGGCUGUGUAUAGUUGCCGCUUAAAAAUUGUAAUCGACCAGCAAUAUUUUCAGUAUUUUGGUGUUUUUUCUAUUAACCUUUCAUGUUUUUCAUCUUCCAAUUAAUAUUUGGGGGGAGGGGUUUCAAAUUUAUACGAAUUAUGCAAUACCAAGUUUUGCCUAUGUAGGUAGUGCUUUUAGCUGUAUUGGUUAUUAUAGGUAAGUACACAGAUUUAAAAAAAAAAAUAAUGUAUGCUUUUUUUUUGUUUGUUUGUUUUAAUUGACCAAAGUGGGUACUGCUAUUUUUGCAGUGUGAUGAGGUCCUUUUGUGUACUGAGAGAUGGACAGGGGAUUUUUUUUAAUAUACAUAUAUAUAUAUUCUGGGGUGGGUGGGAGGGUUUCUAACACUUUACAGUGUAGCUGUGAAGCAGUGCACCCUGAGAUGGACCUGGGCUGCAAAGCCACUGUUCUGCCUACUGUGACAAACUUCAACUUAACACAGGUUCCCCUCUCGAACUUCCCACCUGGGGUGCAAGCUGAACUCAUUUCUGGUUUUCAUGACAACAGAAGAGUAAGAACAAGCAAACAGAACAAAUUCUUCUAGAGGCAGACUUGGCUUAAAAAAAGAAAAAAAAAAAAAAAAGAAACUGUCUAUCUUUUGGUUUUUGGUGGUGGUGGUAGUUUUUCCCAGAAAGUUCCAGAUCCACAGUGGAGGGUGAGCCUGUCUCAUAUUUGGCAAAGAUAUUUGUUGAAAUGUCCAUCUCGUGGAUGUUGGAUGUUUCUCGCCUUGGGGGCUUAACACAUGAAUAUACUUCCUCCCACAAACCCAUUAGACCCGCUGGAGGGAGUGCGUCCAUGUUCCUCGCCUGCCACUUCUCAUCCCCAUUUCUUCCUUUCAUUAAUGCUCAGAUGUGAUUUACCUGCGACUUUCUACUUCCAGUCGAUGGCAGUGCACUUGGAUUUUUCUUUUCUUUCCUUUUUCUCUUCUCUUCUUCUUCUUUUUUUUAAUCCAGAAGAUUGAACCGAGGGUAGUUAUUAUUGAAUACAUUUUGACUGAUAGAUUAAAAUCAAAGUUCAGUUUUUAAGGAACAACCACAGCAAAAAAGAAAUCUUGUUAUGUUCCCAUUCUACCUGCCCUUUUAAACUAAGAACUACAAGCAGAGGGAAAUCAGAAUGUUGAGACAUGGAUGUUCCUAUGGACGAAUGAAGCCCAUUAGAUAGUGAUGGGUUUUCUAAGGGGUGCUACCUCAAAGGAGACUUGAGUUCAUUUCCCCUGAGGGCUGGCCAGUGAAUGGUGGCAGGUUUGCCAUUGCCCUGUCUUCAUCUCCUGGUCCCCUGAGUGAAUUCACUCCUAAAAGAGGAGUCAGCACCACCUCAGGUUGCCCAGAGGAGCACCCCUGGCCUUCUUCCCCCAGGCCACGACCUAAUAAAUAAACUGUCAGUUCUCCCUGCACCUCAUUUAAUAAUGGACACUCUAGAACAAUGCUUAUGGGCCAGAGAAUGGUGUUUGAUUAGCCCAUUCAGGUUGAUAACCUAAAUGCUGAAUAGCACAGCAGGAUCCCAUCAGAGCAAGUUCAAAAGCAAGUCCAGCCAUUUCUGUGAUAACUGUGAUACUUGCCCUGGCAUAACACUGAGAAUCAAAUCCAAGCUCUUCACAUACCUUUGACCUAUUAGGUGAACAAAUCAACCUCACAGGACACACAGUAUUUCUUAAGGCAGACGCCACUUUUUUUUUUUUUUUUUUUUUUUUUUUUUUUUUUUUUUUUUGCCAGUGAAUGAGCAGUUCUUGCUAUGUAAGUGACACACUGUGGGUAUUCCUGCCUGCCUCUUGAAUAUAAAAGCCUAGUUCAAGUGUUGCUUUUUUUUUUUGUUCCUUGAAAUCAUUUUUUUUUCCUUCUUUCCUUCGGAAAUGAAACUAUUUAAAAUACUACUCUCUCUCUCUCAAAAUCUCAAAUCCAUUCUUUGGCUGCCUCUGCCUCUUUUACCAGGAAGUAUAUUCUGACGAAGGGCCCCACUUUUGCAGGUCUUGCACGCCCCUCCCUUACCCAGAACUGCAGAGCUUCAGGACGGCGAAGGUCACCCAAGGGCAUCAGGAGGGGUGGUGGCUCCAGCCGCCAGUUCCGGGGCACUGUUCAGCCUUUGUUGCUUUGCAGCCCACCACUCUCAGUGCCUCUGAAGCGUGUUUCCCCUGGAGUGACGUGAGCGUUUGAGGCUUGUCUAAGGAAGAAGAAAGGAAAGGCAGUGAAGGAGACUGUACAUAAAGACAUGGCAGAAAUCUUAAUGAUAGCAAUAGAGUUAUCGGGUAAUGUUCGGGUGGGCAGCUCCAUUAAAAAAUAUGUGAAUGAAUCUGUGAAGCUGCGAGUAGCAAGAAGAGCAGAAGCUCUUCUUUAUGAACCGCCUACCUUGUAAGACAGUCAUUUGUACACUGUAUAGUUUUGUUAAGAAUUUUUUUUUAAAUUAAAAUUCCCAUGUUUGUAAAGCUAACUUUUUAACAAUUAUAAUGGAACUAUAUGUUGUUUCCAUUUUUAAAGUAAACAAGAAUAUUCCUUGUUUAGGGACUGGACUUGAGUUAAAACUCUCCAGGCUCUUAAGUUAUGUAUUAAAACAAAAAAAAAAAAAUCUGUCCAUGUUAGGAGUUAUUUCACAGAUUCCUGUGCUUGAAAAGCAUAGGAUACUAAUCCUUUAAAAAAGUGUAAAUGGAGAAAAGUUAUAUUUUAUGAAGGUUAUUUUGUUGUAUUUAGUAUUGGGAAAGUUGGUUUUCAGAGCAUUUCAGAAUGUCGGAAGCACCACUGUCUUUUUAUUAGUAUGUAACGGCCUUUAGCAAAAGUUUUUGUGAUUGUUGCGUGAUGGUAUUUAAGGUUAAGUUUCACAGAGCAUUCAGGAUAGGCAGAAAAUUAAAACAGUGCUAUGUCUCACAUAACGUGUCCUCAGGGAGCAGAAUCUUGGACUUGUGACUUGUAGCUUCAUAAGGACUCAACGGAAGAGAUUGCACAGGGACAUCUUCAGCGGUGUGAGAGCAGGACAUGGUCUUGACCUAGACUCGAAGUUCUAUGUACUGUGUGAAACGAUGAAGGCUGCAGAAAGUUAUCCCAUGUUCAGUGUACAGUAUUCAUUUUUAAUGAAACAACUCUACAAUAUUGCUGGCAGAUAGGCCCCAAGCAUGACAUUCAAUAUAGUUUACAUGUUCCUGUCAAGGUCUUUUGUUAACAUUAACCAGCUGCAUGCUUCCUGGACUUUUAAGAAAUUGGGUUUCUAUGGAAAAAAAUUUUUUUAAACGUGCAGGCUAUUCAAGUUCAAUAGUAAAAGCUCAAAAUUGAAUGUUCUACUCCAUGCUGAAGGAGCUAAAAGCUGCCUUCUUCAUAUGUUGCACUUUCUGGUAGUUCCCUUGUUUUUUCUAAUUCCUUAAAAUUGUGUGGGUGGAGUGGAGCCCUGCAGUUGGGGGUAACAUGGACCACUGAUUUUGCCCUUUGACCCUGCACAAUGACCUUUGCAUCAGCCAAACUCAUUGCCAUGACAACUCUUUGUACUGUGUCCGUGCCACAGAUCUGUUGGUCACAUUGUUAAUAGUGAAGGGGACAAGUUGGAGACGGUCAAUUUUUACAUAUUUUGUUGCAAUUUUUUUCUUCAGUGGUUGUAAGUAGUUUUUUUUUAAAUAAUAAAAAGGUUCACUAGUUAAUACUCUUUAGAAA